CAAGUUGUAACCAAUGUCGGAAAUGUGGAGAUAGUUUUUGGAACCAAAUUUGUCCCCUCCACAGUUCCAAUUCUCUCCCCCCCUCUCUCUCUCUCUCCAAUUAUUUUUUCUCUUCUCAAAUCUCACUCCUUUAAAUCACCCCUGCUCCCUACCUUUAAGCUCUGCGCCUCCACUCCCCUUCUCUUCCCAUAGCCUUACCGGCCCCUCUCUCUCUCUCUCUCUCUCUCUCUCUCUGAUGAACUCAUGCUCUGUGGAGGUUCAUAGAUUAGUGGGAAUAAAAAGAUGGAUUUUGGGGAGGUGGGUAUGGAUGGAUUAGAGGGUCCAAAGAGCAGUAAUGGAUCUGGGUUUCUCAAAAAGGGGAGAUCUGGGCCUGGGGAAGAGGACUGGAGGGGAUCGAAAGCAGCCAAAACUGACGACUCUGAUUCCCAGAAGACAAUGUUGUAUCAACAGGGGACUAACCAGCUGCUGAGAUCUAAUUCUCUGCUCUCCUUUGAUAAUGGCGGCCAACGUGAGAACAUGCUCAGCUUCUCUUCCCCUAGAUCAGAAGUUACUUUCCUCACCAAGAACGGAGUUGCAGCAGAAAGGACUGGCACUCAGAACCCAUCUUUCCCCUACUUUCAGCAAACGCCUUCUUACGCUUACAGCAGAAACUCAGGGUAUGGUUCUGGGGGCUUGAAUGGAGGCAUUAAUGGGCCUCUAGGUCUGGGGGCUAGGGGGCCAUUUACUCCAUCUCAGUGGGUUGAGCUGGAGCACCAGGCCCUCAUCUACAAGCACAUAGUGUCAAAUGUACCUGUUCCAGCCAAUUUGCUUAUAGCCCUCAAGAAAUCUAUCAGCCCUUAUGGGUUAUUUGGGUGGUCUUCUGGAUCCUAUGCCCCAAACUCAUUGGGAGCAGGUUCUUUUCAUCUAGGUUUCUCUGGCAACACUGAUCCUGAGCCAGGGAGGUGUCGUCGGACAGAUGGAAAGAAAUGGCGGUGCUCAAGAGAUGCAGUUGGCGAUCAAAAGUACUGCGAACGGCACAUUAAUAGAGGCCGCCAUCGUUCAAGAAAGCCUGUGGAAGGCCGGUCUGGCCAAUCCGUAUCUGGAACCACCACAAACGUGGCACCGAUUGCUUGUUCUGCAUCAUCAGCAUCGGUGAUCUCCAGCAACGGUGCUGAUAAUUCUUCUGCAGGGGUGAUUCUCAACAGAAUGCAAAUUCCUCCAAGCCACUCUGUGGUGUCUCCAACCACCAACCUGAAGGCGAAAGACUCUCCAUUCUCCAUCCCAAAACAGCAUAUCCCUAUAAAAGAAUCCCCUCACUCACAGUUUGGACUCAUCUCUUCCGAUUCCCAAUUGAAUCCUUCUCAGAUCACAACCUCCAGAAACUACAACCCUGUCUUGGAUUUCAAUGCCCAUGAGUCCCAUGACCAAAAACCGCUUCGCCCUUUCAUGGAUGAGUGGCCCAAGGACCAAUCCAGUAGUGCCACCAUUGCAUGGCCUGAAGAACUUAAAUCGGAUUGGACCCAGCUCUCAAUGUCGAUUCCUUUGGCCUCCGAUUUCUCAUCGACCUCAUCCUCAUCACCUCAGGACACAAUUGCCCAAUCACCGCUGAGGUUAUCUCGUGACCUCAGCCAGAUGGAAAAUUGUAUGUCUCUUACUAAUCACCACAGUGAAUCAAACCAAAAGCAAAAGAAUUGGAUACCAAUAUCUUGGGGGAGUUCAGUCGGAGGUCCAUUAGGAGAGGUAUUGAACAACACCUCUAGCACUGUGGGAGGAUGCAAGAACUCAUCGGCUUUGAACCUGACGAGGAGCGGAGUGUGGAAUGGAAGCCCCCAGUUGGGAUCAUCGCCCACUGGGGUGUUGCAAAAGACGAAUUUUGUUUCGUGCUCAAAUAGCAGUUCGGGUGGCAGCCCGAGAGCCGAAAACAAGAUCGCCGACGGAAGUGGUAGCAUCGGUGAUGAUGUUCUUGGUUCGACUCUUUCGUGUUCGUUCUCCCUUCCAUCAUUGUGAUCGUGGGCGGGCGGAAGUUGAUUGAAGAAGGCGUUGGAGUUUAAAACAAACGGUAUCAAGAACCAUAAAUUUCUUUCUGUUGUUUGUAUUGAGCCUAGUUAAAUGUAUUUUCUGAGGGACUGGAUUAUGCAGUCUGUGAAAUGCAGUUAGUUCUGCUUUGUUUAUUAGUGUUUCAGUGUGAUCUUAUAUUUGGCACUUUCCCUUGUUUCCUUAACCAUUUGAGCAAUAUAGACUUAUCUGCAUAGAUAUUCAGACGGA